UCAUAAAUGUGGCUAUCCGAACGACACAUUUUUAUUCUCCGCUACAGAACAUCGUAUAACUUCUUUAUUAUCUACUCGGCGUGUAUUUGAAGUUAUCGUCAUGGCUCGUACGAAGCAGACUGCACGUAAAUCUACCGGAGGCAAAGCCCCAAGAAAGCAGUUGGCAACCAAAGCUGCCCGUAAAAGCGCUCCAGCUACUGGCGGAGUCAAGAAACCUCACAGGUACCGACCUGGUACUGUAGCCCUUCGAGAGAUUCGUCGCUACCAGAAGAGCACAGAGUUGUUGAUUCGCAAACUGCCAUUUCAGCGACUGAUUCGUGAAAUUGCUCAAGACUUCAAAACUGAUCUAAGAUUUCAGAGUUCUGCCGUAUUGGCACUGCAAGAAGCAGCCGAAGCCUAUUUAGUUGGUCUGUUCGAAGAUACCAAUCUGUGUGCCAUUCACGCCAAGCGAGUUACCAUCAUGCCCAAAGACAUCCAGCUGGCAAGACGAAUUCGCGGAGAACGCGCUUAAGUGCUGAUGACUUUUUUUAAACUACAAUUUUAGCUAGUAGUUCCUAUUUUUUUUUUUCCUGGGCAAGUUUUGUUUUCAAUCGUCCUAAACUCGUUAAUCUGACAGAAGAACAAUGAAACUUCUGUAAAACUAUUUCAGUUUAUCUGAAGAUAUUUAGUCCAUCUAUUACAAUGGGCAGGUCACCGGGGAAAACAUUUUUCGCUCUUAUUUAAAAUUUUGCCCCCCCCCUAGAGAAAAAAAAUGGAAUAGAAUUGUGCUGAAUAUGUCUUGUCCUAGCAUUCCAGUGAUCUCAACAAUCGGGCUGGUCCAGAGUAUCAAUGAUCACAACAGAUUUACCAUAUAGUCAUUUGCUAUUUUUGCCUUGUACUAACUUUUGAUGUUACAUUUGUUUAUGAUUUGCAAGAAUAAUAUAUUUGUAUUAAAUUUAAUUAAACGAAAAA